UCUUAAGUUAAAAUAUAGGAAUUUACACAAGUUGAUAUUUGUACAAGUCAUAGAAUGGGGGGCUUAUUCUCCAGUUGGGGGCCUUUCUUUAAUAUUUGACAUUUUGUGUUAUAUGACAACACAUUUAGCUAAAGUUUAUUUUUUCCUGCACGGCCAAUGCAAAGUCAUCCUGCAAAAGCUUAACUUGUAUCUAUAUAGCCUAUAUGUUACAAUAAGUAAAUCCCCAUUGUUCUUUGGGGGGAGAGAUCUUUCCCCAUCAUAGGCCUACUUACCCCUAACACGUCGUGUUGUCUAUUUCUAAUAGGAAAACGUUUAAUUAGUAUGCCAAUACACAGCAUAUUUGUGACGUUGUCUUCAUACUGAUCACGUGCUGAAAGCAUGAAUAAACAAGUUUGGUAGGUUUUUGUUGAUCUUGCCUGGAAAGUCAGGUCUGUUUGCUGAUUUUAGAGGGGUUUUCGGCACUUUUCGGCUUGCUGGCCUGGAGAUUUGGGAAACCAGCUUACAGAAGCAAGCUAUCUCAAGCUACUUAUAAUAAACAUUGUUUGUUAGUUUACUGAGAAGGGCGGAAAGUUGAGCAUCAGCCUACGUGAAUAGUAAAGGAAGAUUUACUGAAAGUGAAACUGAUUUGCAAGACCGAAAAUUUCAUAGAGGCUACUCUGCUACUCACAGGUCUCAAGUUUGUCUGCUCUUAAAGGACAUCACAAUGAAUCUAAACGAACCACUUGAUUUUAAAAGCCAACCCAAAAGAAAAAGAUCAGAGACCGAACGAACUGCCAAAAAACAUGCCAAAAAUAAAAGACAAAAGUCAAAGAGAGCAGCUUCUCCUACAUCCAGUUAUCUGUCAAUGAGGACUGACUAUUCAAUGGAUCCACCAACCAACUUUAAAAGUGGAGAGACAUUUCCUUUGCAUUCAAGGAUUAAGAGAGAACGAGAGACUUCCCCAGUCACUGGUUGUAUUUCACUGAGAAGUGACAACCCAGUGAACGCUUCAAAAGGCAUUGCAUCUGACUUGAGUGUAAAAGCAGCUUGGUCAAUAGAUCCACCAACCAACCUCAAAGCUGCAGAAACUUUCCCAUUGGAUCCAAGAUUUCUGACAGAGCAAGACUUAAUGUGUCGAGUUUGCAAAUCGAUGUUGAAGGACCCAGUGUCCAUGCCCUGUGGACACAAUUACUGCAACGCUUGUAUUAAUGCAUUCUGGGACAAUUGUGCAGGAGAAUAUGGUUGUCCACACUGUGGUAAAGCAUCAGAAACACGGCCAGUGCUGAGCAUAAAUGCAGAUCUGGCUGAAGUGGUUAAAUACAAGCAGCAGACAGGCUUCAGUCCAGCCCUUCCACAACAAUCGUAUGCCGGACCAGAGGAUGUGGCCUGUGAUUUCUGCUUUGGGCGCAAAUUGAAAUCGGUGAAGUCUUGUUUGACUUGUGACGUGGUCCUAUGUGAGACUCAUGUCAGGGAACAUUACACGGUACCAGCACUAGAGAAACACACACUGGUUGACGUGAUUAAGACGAGACCCUCGGAGCAGAGUCAGAACUCAGACAACAGCUUCAGUUGCACUGCCGGCGGACAACAGCCUCAUGCAGAUAUAAAGGAGAUGGCAGUCGCUGCCAAGCUUCAGACACGUCUAAAAAGAUCUGCAAAAACCUUCAGACCUAAAACAAAAGAAAAAAAAGAUCAUGUUAAAAAAAUUGCACUUAUGUGCUCCACACUACAGCAAGAGGUUUCAGGACUCAAAGAAAAACUCUCAAAGUUAGAGAAGAAGAAUACAAAGAAAGAAUAUGAGGAUGAAGAGGAAUAUGAUGAUGAGGAGGACGACUUUGGAGAGGAAGAAGAUGAUGAUGAUGAGGAGGAGGAGGAGGAGGAGGAGGAUUAUGGAGAUUAUGAUGAGGAUGGUGAUGACAACGAGGACUAUAGUGAGAAAGAUUUUGAUGCAGAGACUUAUGAAGAAGAGGAGGAUGAUGAAGAUGAGUUAGAUAGUUUAGAUGAUGAGGACGAAAACAAAGAAGAUUGGGAGGAAGAUGAUUGGGAAGAGAAUGAAGACAUGGAAGACUAUGAUGAUGAGGACAGUUCUGAGAAAGAUAGCGAUGAGGAUUAUGAUGACCCAUACUAUUAAUCAUCUCUGCUUACAGUGACAAUUGUUUUUAUUAAUACAUAUCUUUCUGCAAAGACAUUUCAAAGCAUUUUGUGGGAAAUAAUUACAGUUAAAACAGCCAUUACUUUUAAAAGUGCUGCGUGUGUUACUUCUUAUGAAACUAACUAAUUGCGUUAGUUACUUUUUAAUUACUUUUUGUUACUGGGGGCAUGUUUGUUUGUUUGUUUUUAUAACAAAAAAACAAAAGUUAUAUUUUUUGUAAAAAAAGUUAAAAUGUAUCAAAUACAAUGCAUCAGGCUUUUGAGGAACAUUUGUACAUCUCUCAGUUAUCAUUGUAUUGCAGUGCAUGUUUUGCCCCCACAAUAAAAAAUAUAAAGAACAUUUGAAAUAUCAUACAUAAGUCAUAUUAUUAGAAGAUAUGUGACAACUGAUUUUUAUAUAGAAGAGUUCAGAUGCAAAA